GGCAUUAGUCUUUGAUUAGUAAUUGAAAAUGAACUUAAGUUGGAUUGUGUUGGGGACUCUUGUUACCCUCGUUGCAUCUGCCCCAGAGGGUAGGAAAAGUAGCAUAACCACGGAAUCAUUGGUAAGAGGUUAUGGAUAUCCUUUUGAAAAAUACACCGUUCAGACAUCUGACGGAUACAAAUUGGGCCUUCACAGAAUUCCCUAUUCACCUAAAUUGAACAAUUCAAUGGAACACCGUCCAGUUGUUUUUCUUAUGCACGGAGUGUUAAGCUCAUCUGCUGAUUGGGUUGUCGUAGGACCAUUAGAUAAUGCAUUGGCUUUCGUUCUUUCGGAUGCCGGCUAUGAUGUUUGGUUGGGCAAUGCUCGUGGAAACACUUAUUCUCGAAAGCACGUCCUUCGCAAUCCACUCUUUAAAAGUUUUUGGAACUUUGAUUGGCAUGAAAUUGCCAUGUACGAUUUGCCAGCUAUGAUUGAACAUGUUUGCUCUGUGACAGGAGAGGAAAAAGUCACAUACAUUGGUCACUCACAGGGAACUACUACGUUCCUUGUACUAAAUUCAUUAAACACAGACUUCAAGCACCGUAUCAAGUCGGCUCAUUUGUUGGCACCAGUGGCUUACAUGGAACAUUUGCAGUCUCCCGUUUUCAAAUGGACUUCUGGAAUAAUGGGACUACCGAACUAUUCACCUUAUUUUACUGGCAGCAUGGAAAUUAUGCCAAAUUCGAAAUUAAUGGAAGUACUUGGUUAUUCUGUAUGCACUGCAAAAGCAGCCGUUGUUUCAGUUUGUGCAAAUCCCUCUUUCCUUCUUGGGGGCUGGGAUACUGAAAAUCUUAAUGAGAUUAAAGUUCCUGAUAUAAUGGCUGUAAAUCCAGCUGGAUCGUCUGUAAAUCAGAUCUACCACUACAUGCAGGUUAAGCAAUCUGGAAAAUUCCGUCAAUUUGAUUAUGGUUUAGCUCGUAAUUUGGCAAAAUAUGGCUCUAAAAAGCCUCCACUAUAUCCACUUGCUAAAAUCGAUGUUCCAAUCUAUCUUUACUAUGCUCAAAAUGAUUAUCUAGCUGCAGUAGAAGAUGUGGAGAGACUUAUUAAAGAACUGCCUGAAACAAGUGUUAAGCAAACCUACGCGGUUCCACACCCAAAAUGGAAUCAUUUUGACUUUUUGUGGGGACUGAAUGUUAAGGAACAAGUCUAUGAUACUCUUAUGGAGAAUUUGGCUGAAAUUGAAUAAAAUGAGAUGCCUACAUAUUUUUAUUGAGCUAUUUAUAUAGCAGUUUAUGUAUGUACGCGUUUUAAAAAAUUUUCAAAUUCAAUUUAGUUCUGAAAUGUUUUA